UCCAAAUGUAUCUAACAGUAAUCUGGUGGAAGAGAGAAAAAGGCGGCAACUUAACGGUAAAUGUGGAGAUUGGAGAGAUGAAACAAAAAAAGGAGAGAAAAAUACAUCUCUUGCAAUUUCUAAAAGUUGCAUAAUUCCAAUGAAUAAUUCCAUUUUUGCCUCUAUUUUCUUUUUCUUUCUCUUCUAUUUUCUUCUUCUCUUUCCUCUUCCUCAUUGGCUGUCACCGUGUCUAGACCAUCUCCUCCUCCAUUGUCUUGUUCUUAUGUCUAUCAAGAUUUAACUUUUUCCUCUCUUCGAAUUUUUGAUCAAUCAUAAUAAUUUUGUUCAAAAGAUGGUUAAAUUUGAUUUGGUUAUCAUUGUUUGCAAAUGAUGUUUUGCAUUGUCAAGUUUCCAAUCGUUUCAUAAAAGGUAGAGGAGGAUGAAGCGUGGGAAAGGCGAGAAAAAAGAAAAGAAGAGCCGAGAUGGCAGUGGUCAAGUAGUUCCACUCACUGAGCCGGUGGUUAUUCCUACGGCUACGGUUGGAACAAGAUCAUGGAUAGGAGGGCUUUUCACACGCUCCAGUAGACGUCAAGACAAGUCAAUCGACUACACUUUGUCUCCUCUUCAGGAGGAAAGACUUCAAAGGCUGCAAGAUCGUUUGCUUGUACCUUUUGACGAGACAAGUCCUGACCAUCAGGAAUCACUUAAAGCAUUGUGGAAUGUCGCAUUUCCGAAUGUUAAUCUCACAGGUUUAGUAACAGAACAAUGGAAAGAAAUGGGAUGGCAAGGUCCCAAUCCAUCUACCGAUUUCAGGGGUUGUGGAUUUAUUGGUCUAGAGAAUUUGCUGUUUUCUGCAAGAGUUUAUCCGGUUUGUUUCCGGAGGCUAUUAUUGAAACAAAGAGGCGACCGAGCACAGUGGGAGUACCCUUUUGCUGUGGCCGGAAUCAACAUCUCCUUCAUGCUUAUCCAAAUGCUCGAUUUACAAAACGCUCCAAAGCCGAAAUGUAUUCCAGGAAUGAAUUUUCUCAAACUCUUAGAAGAAGACGAGAAUGCAUUCGAUGUACUAUAUUGUAUAGCUUUCGCAAUGAUGGAUGCUCAAUGGCUGGCGAUGCACGCUUCUUACAUGGAAUUCAAUGAAGUAUUACAGGCGACAAGGAAUCAGCUAGAGAGAGAGCUUUCUUUGGACGAUAUUCAUCGGAUUCAAGAUCUUCCUGCUUACAAUCUCUUGUUCCAAUAGAAUUUCUUUUAUGUAGUUUUAUUUCGAUUUUCUUAUGCUGUACAUUAACUGAAUUUAUGAACGAAAAGAAAUGAUAAUAACUGAAGUAAAAAAAAGGGGUAGAAAAUGAAUUAUCACGUAUCAAGAUGAUGCAUGCUUGUCUUGUAAUUUCGAUGAUGAUGAUGGCGUGGAAGGAAAUUAAAGAGUAAAUUGGAAUCUUAUGAUAUUAGAAAAGUCGGUCUGAUUAUGAACUAUUGUAUAUUCCUAAAUGGAAUAAAAAUUAGAUAAGGUGCUUACGUUUGCUUUGAGAUUCGACAAAUGCAAUUUUGAAGUUAUCCUCUAUUCUUAAUAACAAAGCAGAAGGGAUCACUUUUGAAACCUGACGUGAAGGAUAAGAUUCCCUCCCAGUUACCACCACAUUUCCACGAUUCUAAUAUAUUAUAAAUUUUGUCCAAAAGCUACCCAACUUUAUUCAUAUCAAAACUACAAUAUAUUAUAAAUUUUGUCCAAAACGGAGACAGGUUCCAAACCUCUUUCAACAUUAUCACAUUAUCACAUGCAACUAAGCAUUAAAAUAAUUUAAAAUAAUAUUGUUAUAUUUUUUGAAAUUUUCUAAAAUCUAUGUGUUAAACUCUAAAAAAAUAAUGAAUUUUAGUAAAUGCUUUAUAUACCAAACCCUCUAAUCUUUAGUGUUGUUUUAAAAUUUCUAAUCACAUUCUAUAUUUUUAUUAAUGUAUUUUAAACUCUCUUUUGUGGUACAUGAGCAUCGUCCAAUUUUUUUAUAAAUUAAUUUAGUAAAAUUUCAUAUACUCCCUAAAUUAGUGGACUAACCAUUAUAAAAUCGCUAUUUUCUAGAGAAAUGGAGACAACAAAGGUUCAAAACCUUUUUGACCAUCACCAUAUAUUAGUACAUGAGCCAACUAUGCAUUAAAUAAAUAUUGUUAUAUUUUUUGAUUUUUUUCUCAAAAUCUAUGUGUUAACCCCUAC